AGAGAGGGAGCUCCUCGACCGGAUUCGCAACUAUGAGGAUUUGCUCACCCAGCACAACAUCAAGUUUGAACCGCUUCACCCACGCGGGCCGGAGUCAUCUGUCUCAGCACCCAAGGGGUCUCCCGACUCGCAUGUUGAGGAGCCAUGCGAAUCUGACGAUGAGCCCGGAACCACUACUGCCUCAUCUCACGCAGGUACCAGCUCUCCAAGGCGGAGGGUGCGCGCGGCCAAAUGUUGCACACAAUGAACCAAGAGUUCCGUGAUCGCACCGAUGGCGACUCGUCAGACGAUGAAGUGCGGGGGGUUGUCUUCAAGAGGGCAUGGGAUCAGGAAAUCGCGGACGAUGCUCACCUCCUCUUUGGAUUUGGUUGGCACCAGACGAUAGUAGACAUACACACCUUGCACCCUCAGCCAUUCCAGAUAUUCCAGCUGUGGCAAGUCUAUCUCGAUAACGUUGAUCCGCUUCUGAAGAUAACGCACACUCACAGUCUUCAAAAGCGCCUGAUCGCGGCCGCAACCAAUCUCAUGACCAUCACGCCAGAGUUGGAGGCGCUCAUGUUUGGGAUUUACUGCAUGGCCAUUUCAAGCCUGACUGAGAAUGAGUGUCGAGCAAUGUUUGCCUCGUCCAAGGUUGAUCUUCUGCCUCGGUUCCAGCUUGGUUGCCAGCAGGCUCUUCUGAACAGUCGCUUCAUGCGGAGUACGAACCGAGACUGCUUGACGGCAUUGUGUCUAUACCUCAUAUCGGUUCGACCCACCACUGCUCCGCAGUCUCUGUCAUCUAUCCUUGGCACUGCCAUUCGUAUCGCGCAACGCAUGGGCCUUCACAGUGAAGCUACCUUGGCGAAGGCAUCCCCACUCGAGGCUGAGAUGGGCCGGAGGCUCUGGUGGUCUCUGAUACUUUUCGACACUCGAAUUGGAGAAAUGGCCGACUUACAUGCUACUGCGUUACUUCCAACCUGGGACUGCCGAGUGCCGCUUACCAUCAACGACUCCGAUAUCAGAGAAGAGAUGAAGGAGUCCCCUCAGGUCCAAGGAAAGUUGACCGAUGUCAUUUUCGCGGUUUGUCGCAGCGAACUUGCGGAUUUUGUUCGCUAUACCAAGUUUCAUCUAGGGUUUUUCGGCCCUGGUCUUCGUCCCUCUGCGACGACGGGUCAAGAGGUCCCUCAGGGUUCUGAAAUUGACACAUUUCAUAAAAUGAUGGAAGAAAAGUACCUGAAGUUUUGUGAUCCGGAAAACGCGAUUCAUUUCAUGACUAUAUGGACAACAAGAGGAAACAUUGCCAAGUACCGCUUAGUAGAACACCACUUCAGAUACUCGGGCUCUUCGCUGCAUCACGCUGAGACUCAGCGAGAUGCCGCUCUCUCGUACGCGCUUAGAAUGCUCGAGUGCAAUACAAAGCUCAUGACUUCACCGCUAACCAAAGGCUUCAUCUGGAUGGUCCAUUGCUAUUUCCCCUUUAUUGCGUACAUCCAGAUCAUCCAACACCUCAAGUGGCGGCCCAAGAGUGCUCAGGCUACGGAUGCAUGGAAAAUCAUGAACGACAACUACCACGCGCUCAUUGAGGUUCUGUCUGUGACGGAUAGCUUCUUCGGACUUUUAACGAACAUGAUUUUACAGGCUUGGGAAGUCCGGGAGAGUGCGUACAAGCAAUCAGGGUACCCGCUGGAGACACCGCUGCUCGUGUCAUCUAUUCGGCAAAGCCGAGAACUUCUGAUUCCUGAGGAAUGCGGCAAUAGCAUCAAGCAAUCUGGCUCUGCUCCAGAAAUUGGGUACUCUGAUGUACCUGCCUAUUAUGACAUCGACAUGGAUCACUUGGACUGGUCUGCGAUGGACUGGGAUUUGGGUUACAAGGGGGCCAAUGAUCCAAAGCACGACGAGCAACAGCUCCCAAACGCCUUGCAAUGAUAGAUGUGGGAGACUGAUGAAUCCUAUAGAUAAUGUUAUCUUCAGUGUAUAUAAAAUAGAGAAAAAUUCUCAUCUCAAUCUACGUAACAGGGCAAACAGGGCGAGCCAGCCGCACAUCAAGAAGUGAAUAUAGGGCAAGAUAGGAGCGC